UUUUAAUUUUUAAUGUCAGUCUUUUAUGUAUUGAUGCAAGUCGCAUCACUAAAAAUGACGUACAUUCUUGCUUGUAUUCAAUUCACUUCACUCGCCCACCCACACGUUGAGUUUUGAUAAGGAAAGUAUUAGUUUGUAUUUAUUCUGGGCACGUCUUGUUACCAUAAUCGCCACAGUUCUCGGCUAUGUUGCGGUCGCCGGAGUAUGUGCACAGCAGCGGUUUCUCUGUGCCAAUUGUAUUGUGAAGUUGUGUGAUUGUGGACGGGCGUGAGCUUGCGGGGCACUUGCAUACAUGUUUUGUAAUUAAUUUGCACGCCCACUUCGCGGUCGACUGUGGUGGUUGCUGUGUAAGUGAUGGUAGUGAGCCGAAGGUAGAAAAAGUGUGGAUUGUUGUUAAAUAUGUCGCUGCAGAAGAGUGUGAAAAGUGCGGGAGGUGAUAGAAGCGAGCAGGGGGAUACAACAUCGAUAUGUUCGUCGGUGACAACGCAGCCGGACAGGCACGGCUUCUUCGGAGGUGCUCAGUACAGUCCAGAACCCAAAAGGACUGUUUCGCCGAGCACAAUACUGAAGCGUGAACAGAAAUGGCUGCGCAUGCUCAACAAUUGGGAGGCGUUUAUGAGCAAGAACUACAAAAAAGUCAGGGAGAGGUGUAUACCAGCAUCGGUUCGCCCAAAAGCCUGGCUCUACCUCUGUGGUGGGCAACUAUUGCUGGAAAAGCAUCCGAACGAAUACGAAGAGCUGCUGCAGGCGCCCGGAGACCCGAAGUGCAUGGAAGAUAUCAGAAAGGACUUGCAUCGACAGUUCCCUUACCAUGAGAUGUUUAUCCGAGAAGAGGGACUUGGACAACAGGAGCUGUUCUCAGUGCUGAAGGCGUAUUCAGUGCUGAACCCCAAGGUGGGGUACUUCCAGGCUCAAGCACCGGUGGCCGCCUUCCUACUGAUGCACAUGCCAGCUGUCCUCCAACGCGACGGCGAUAUCCUCCACGCCCUCCUACGCCGCACGGCGCCGGCAGUGCACCGUCACUUGGUGAAACACAAGGUCGAACCUGUACUGUACGCUACGGAGUGGUUCCUCUGUGCCCUCACUCGCACCUUACCCUGGGACAGUCUACUGAGGGUCUGGGAUUGUUUCCUCUGUGAAGGAGUUAAGGUAUUAUUCAAAGCAGCGCUAGUGAUCCUAGCAGGUGCCCUAGGACCGGCGAAGGUGCGCAAACGAGCGUGUGGUCUAUGCGAGACCUUGGAAGUGUUACGUCACCCUCCCGAAGGUAUACUGGGAGAGGACUACCUCAUGUAUCAUAUGCAACGACUCAACCUCACCGAGGAGGACUUUGAGUUCGAGCACCAGCGUCAAACCGCUAGGCGGCGUGCCAUGCCUAACAGAAGUGGCAGCUGAUUCAGCGACUGUUCCUAUAAGCGCUAUUCCAAGAAUAACGCGAGGGAUCUGUUCAAUACUCUGUAAGUUGAGUGCAUGGACUAUAUGACAAUAAAACAGUAAGGUACGCCAGCGGGCUGUACCAGUGCUUUGUGAUAGUGAGCGUAACGCACGACCAACUGACGACUGAGUGCAUUAAGUCCGAUAGAAUUAACGACUUCAACUCGUCUUGUAACAUAACCUUAAAGUAAAAAUAGUUCUCGAUUCAAUGUACAGAUGUCGCCAGGUUGGAGCUUUGUAUGGACGAACUGUCACUCUUAA